AUGUCCGAGACAUAUACUACCGCCGAGGUUGGAAAGCACAAGGAUGAGGCCAACGGUUUCUGGCUCAUUGUUGAGAAUGACGUUUACGACGUGACCAAGUUCAUCGAUGAACAUCCCGGUGGUGCUAAGAUCCUGAAGCGCUGGUCUGGAAAGAACGCUACCAAGGCCUUCUGGAAGUACCACAACGAACAUGUCCUGGCAAAGUAUGGCAAGGACCUCAAGAUUGGCGCUGUCGGCGAGAGCGCCAAGCUAUAG